AUGAGCGGCGUGGCUAAUCUGUCCCAUCGUUUCUCCAAUUUGAUCAUCGGUCUGCACUCGACGGCCGUGCUCGUCUACUGUAUCGGCGUCGUCGCUCUGCGUAGCGACCCCGCCGAUCGCGAGCUCUUUCUCAAGAUGGAAUUACCCUUCGACAGCGGCACAUCGCCGACUUACGAGCUUGUCAUGACCACGCAGUUCCUUCAUCAGAUGACAGCCGCCACCAUGAUCGGCGUGCUCAGCGCUCUGCUCGUUACGCUGGUGCUUCACGUAGGUGGUCAGAUAGACAUUCUGCGUGACAGAUUAUUAGAAAUUUUACCAAAGGAUAAAAAACCGACUGUGUCUAUGGUCACGAUAGGCUCUUUAAUUCGAAGGCAUCAAAAUAUCAUUAUUUUCACGGAGAGAAUCGAGAGCUUGUACUCGUAUAUUGCAUUGGCGCAAUUCAUAUCGAACACCAUCGUUAUUUGUUGUUUGGGCUUCAUCAUCGUGAAUGUAAGUAAUCGCAACAGCUUUCAUUAUAUAGAUCAAUAUUAAUUAAUAGUCAAAUUUCCGAUUUAUUUCGAUAAUAUAUUGCGAACAUAUGUAAAUCAAGCUAUCCUAUAAACGACGUUAUCAUCUUUUACAUUUUGAAUUUUUAAUAGUCUAUGAUUUUUUGACAUCUCUCCAUAUAUAAUGCAAAUUGAAAUGUAAUAGAAUAAACCUGAUUGCGCGCAUUAAUAUAAUUCCAAUAUUACAGUCAAUUGGC